AUGGCUGACUCCGAACCUAACCCGUUGAUUGUGUUUGCCACGAUCGUCGCCAUCAUUGGCUCGUUCAUUGCCUUGUAUUUUCUUCAGAAAACGAAGAAGGACGCUCCAGUAUUAUCGCCUCAGGAAUACAAGAAAUUUCCCUUGAUUGAAAAGCACAGAGUGUCCCACAACUCGUGCGUUUACAAGUUUGGUUUGCCCAGAUCCACUGACAAGUUGAACUUGCCCAUUGGUCAGCACAUUUCUAUCUCGGCCAUUAUCAACGGCAAAGAGGUAGUUAGAUCGUAUACACCCAUCUCCAACAACGACCAGUUGGGUUCGUUUGACUUGUUGAUCAAGACUUACGAGAAUGGUAACAUUUCUAAGUACGUUGAGUCCAAGAAGAUUGGCGAGCACAUCAACAUCAGGGGCCCUAAGGGGUUUUUCACUUACACACCUAACAUGGUGAAGUCGUUUGGCAUGGUCGCAGGUGGAACUGGUAUUGCGCCAAUGUACCAGAUUUUGACUGCCGUGUUGAACAAUCCUGAGGACAAGACCAAGAUCCAUUUGGUGUAUGCCAAUGUCAGUGAGGAGGAUAUUUUGUUGAGGGCCGAAUUGGAGGAGUUGAAAAGAGAGCACCCUGAUCAAUUUUUCAUUCACUAUGUCUUGAACAACCCACCAGAGAACUGGAAGGGUUCUGUUGGUUUUGUCACCCCUGAGAUUAUGGACGAGCACUUGCCCAAGCACUCCGAAGACACUAACUUGUUGAUCUGUGGCCCACCAUUGAUGGUGUCUGCCAUCAAAAAGGCUGCUCAGACCUUGGGCUACCCUAAGGCUAAGCCUGUGUCCAAGUUGGGUGACCAGGUCUUCGUCUUUUAA